AUGAUGGAUCAGAUUUAUAAGAACGCUACCCAGGUAAAUGUGCACUUGGGCGAGGGCGAUGCAGCCUCCGAUGCAGCCUGCAUAUCUCUCAAAAGUCUAUCACUGGCUAUGAUUGGAGCAAGCGUCGGGGAGGUAUUCAGAAAGAAGUACGACAGGCUGGCUGAUGAUGCGUUGAUGGCGACUCCUGAAUUUCCAUAUGGGAAGCUAUAUGGCGUCUUUCGCCUGCCGUGGUUCAGGCGCACUUGGGUGGUGCAAGAGGUUGCGCUUGCAAAACAGGUUAUGUUCUACUGUGGCACUUAUCUCAUACGAUUGGAGCUUAUUGUGCUUGGCGCCGACUUCACUAAGAUUCCCUACUCGAAACUCGACGUGAACCCUUCGGCACGGCACUGGCGAUCAUAUCUCGAAUUUCAUAGCCGCGUCAAGGAAUUGAUCAGCUGGAGGGAAGAGCAUGACCCUGCAGAGAAACUCACUUCCCUCUUAAGCCUGCUGGUGGUACCAGGCAUGAUCCUUGAGGCUACGAGGCCAGAGGACAAGGUCUUCGGGAUGUACGGUAUAUGCAAGAGGCUCGGCUACGAGUUGCCAGCACCAGACUACCAAAAGUCGCUGGCCGUUGUCUACACUGAAGCAGCCAAGGCUAUUCUGUAUUACGACCAAAGUCUCGAACUCUUGUCGGUGGCUACAGAAACUUCUGCCUGGGCCGAUGGGCUCCCGUCAUGGGUACCCAACUUCUCUGGCUGCAUGAGCAAAUGGUCCCCGUCGAGCCCACCUACAAUGUGUUCAGUGGGGGCGAGGGAAAGUUUGAAAACCUCGGACUCGAACCAGUUUCAAUACCGUCUUGGGCCAGGUGAUAUGGGACUCACGGUGAGAGGCCGCCGCCUUGACACGAUAUACGCUGUUGGAAAGCCUUGGAAGACGGACUCCUACACCUCCCUUCUCGGGGGUUCAGACACGAAUACAAUGCAGUACGCUGACAGCCUCAUCGAUUGUAUCGGCAGCUGGCUUGCGGUUCUCCAGGACCUUCCCAAUUGUUCCAGCCGUGAGGCAGCUAUAGAGUACAUGACGCGCGUUCUUUCAAAUAAUGUCUCGGACAAAUAUCCCCCGGUGCCAUUUGAAGAUAUGGUACAGUAUCUAGCUGUUCUGGUUUCCAUGUCUGCAUUGGGAAACCGCACGCGUUUUACUACAUUAGCAAGCCUGCCCAAUGGCUCUCUCAGCCGCCAGCAGGAAGAGUUCCUUGGUCUCAUGGCGGGAUGCAACCUUGCCAUUACGCGAAUCUUUGGCUCGAUCUGGCAGACCAUGUUUCGGACGGAGAGCGGUUACGUGGGCAUGGGGACACACACUCUGACCGUUGGUGACAUAGUGGUCUUGUUUGAAGGCUGCGCUGUCGCGGGGGUUAUCCGGCGGUUCUCUGGUGGUUUUAGAUAUGUUGGUCCCGCUUAUGUGGAUGGUAUAAUGGACAAGGAGCUCGGGAAUCCAGGAUUGGAUGCAGACGGUGAGUGGUUUGUUUUAGUCUAA